AUGGAAAACGGAAGGAAAGAUGUCAGUGAACGUGUGAGCACUAGCCAUGAGAGCAGUGAAGGCAAGAACUUCAUCAGGAAAGUUUCCAGUGGAAGCCUAGAGAGCUCUUCAGAAGAUGACCAUGAAUGGAUCACUCGGGACAAUGAUGACGGCAAUUAUUUCAGAGUCCACCACCAGACAGUUCAGAGGAAAUGGGCAGAUGACAAGGACUACCGUGACCAUGGGGACAGUUCUGAUGAUCAGUCUGCUGACGGAACAUCUCUGGUAGGUAUUUAAAAGGUUACCGUAUAAACCUUUGAAUUGAAGUAGCCAGAAUUAUUUCCCCAUCAUAAGCAGCUGAAAGUUCAGUCACCUCAAUUCAGUCGGAUUCAGUAACAUGAAUGUUCAUAAACUCAUCCCAGAUCAUUUACUGUAGGCAUGAAAAGAUCUCCGUUCUUGCAUUAUUCUUGUGGUCUAUGCUGCUCUGAAUUCCACUCCUUCUGAAUGUUGGAUUAAAAGGAGACCUCUUCAUGUACUAUUUGCAUGAAGGGUAGCCCUUACAUACAACAAGGGGUGGGACUGUGCUGUUAGCCCCACCCCUGGACCAGCACUGUACCCCAUUCUUCUACAACCCUUUCCUAUACAAUGUACCAACAUUUCUGUCCUCCUUUUUGAUGGAGUCCUUUUUGGUGAAUUGGUGUUGCCUGUGUGGUACAGCAAGGUGAUGUUCCCAAUGCAACCCACUCUCUUCCUGCUCCCAGAUCCUAUGCUGUCCCUUGAAGCUUAGGCUUGAGCACUUAGCUCCAAACUCCCCUGCCUGCUUUUAAUGCUUGAUCACAGCUCCCGCUUCAAUAGCUUCACUCCCUGGUGAUGUUCCCACCUCAUUUUUCCUCUUUAGUUUCUUACGCCUUACCUUUCUUUCUCCCCUACCCAAUUGCCAAGUCUCUCUACAUACUAACAGCUGCUUUCCCCACCCAGCCUUGACCUCCAUCUGGCUGAGUCACAGCAGCACACCAGGACAGAGAGCAGCAUGGCAGUGGUGUGGUUGGCACGGUGAAAACGCGUCAGCAGGAAAACCAGAUUGACUGCUCUGCUGUAUUUGCACUGCGCCAACCUUGCAACUGCCAUCUCCUGCCCCAUCCUGGUAUACUGCAGCAACUCACCUGGAUGGAGGUCAGCUGAGCUGCACAGUCUUACCCUGCUCCCAAUUUCACUGCCUGAAAGUAUAGAGUUGAGAAUUUCAGGAGGCCAUUUUCACUCAGUUGUAACAUUUUGAUAGAUACAGCAGCAAAACGCUAUGUUGUGGUGCCGAAUGAGAAACGCAUCCGGAAGACAAAAAUGUAUUGAGGAGUUAGUGGUCUGACAAGGAGCCCUCCCGCCUCUGUUCCUUCCCUUUUGAUGGAAUGUAUUUUGGCUUCUCAUCGUUAUUUUGUAAUAUGAAUGUUUUCAGAACAGUCUUAGAUGUUCUGGGAACAUUGGGAGGAGGUGCAGCACUGCCCCCCCCCCGCCAGCUACCUUAUCAGUUUGGAAGGCUAGUACUUGGUACCUUCUCUCAUGUUUGACAUGUUUUGAGAAAGUGAGGUCUUGAGAGGGGGUGGUUAAUGGAGGAUCUGCAUGUAGCCAGUCUUAAAAGCUACACAGGUUGUCUAUAAAAUCUGACGGUUUGGGCAGAGUUUCUUUAAAGCAUGUGCACAGACUGAUUGGCCGCAGGGCUGUGAAAACUGAGGCUGUGGGAAUCGCUUCUCUGAUUCUUGAGGGCUUCCAAGUGGCAAAUCGAAGUGCUUGCUUGGUAUGAAUAGAUUGCUUGCUGUUUUAGAAUAAAAACUUUAAUCUUCUCUCUCACUUGUGUAUUUUGUAUAAUAAUAAUAAUAAUAAUAAUAAUAAUAAUAAUAAUAAUAUUUAUACCCCACCCAUCUGGCUGUGUUUCCCCAGCCACUCUGGGCGGCUUCCAACAGAAUAUUAAAAUACAAUAAUCUAUUAAACAUUAAAGGCUUCCCUAAACAGGGCUGCUUUCAGAUGUCUUGCUUCUGAAUCUCAUUGUAAAAGAACCACCUUGCUUUUGGCAAAACAGGUGCUUGUUGGGGUAGAAGCAAGAGUGCCACUUGGCCUAUGAAACUCUAAAAACAAUGUGAAAUAAUAAAGUUUUGUUCCCCCUUCCCAUUUGUCGUCUUUUAUAGGAGGAUCAAAACGAGGUUCAUGAAGACCACAGCGAUAUCAGAAAAUCCAAAGAACAAUUUGAUGUUGAAAAUGAUGGCAUGCUUUAUUCCCCUGAUCAAGUCUUGUAUACUUUCAUGGGGAAAGGAGGAAGUGAUCUGACCAAUGAUGAGGGUGCCAGUGGUGAUGAUGGACAUAAUGAGGAAGGCACUCAUGGGGUAACUCCAAACAAAGGAAACGAUCAGCAAACAUGGGUGACCAACGGGGAGCAAGAUGGUGACAAUGCUAUCGGCCAACGCCAUGAUGGCAGUAGUAGCAGCAGUAGCAGCAGUAGCGAGAGCAGAGACUUUGAAAAAGAGAAUAACCACAUUACUGAUUACAGCAAAAAACAAGGAAGUGAUAGUUACAGCAGCAGCCAAGAGGAUAGGUAUGAUUUUGAUGACAAAGGAAUGCAAGGUGAUGACCCAAACAUCUUUGAGAGCCAUGACAGUGAUUCUCACAUGCUUCACGGAGAUGUCCAUUCAAAAGAAAGCAGCCAGGAAAGCAGCAGAGAAAAGGGGCAGAGAAAAGCCAAACAUCACAGCAAAUCAGUGGAACAGUUUGCCAGGAAAGUAUACCAUUAUGUUGAUGCUGAUUCAGAUGAAGAUCACAGCCCUGAAGAGGAAAAGUCCCUGCAGGAGGAGGAUGCUGAUUCCAAAGAAGAAAGCCAGUCUGUAGAAGACAUUAGUCAAUCAACAGAAAAUGUUCCCAGUAGAUCCAGAGAGCAUGCAACCAGUCAUUCCAGAGAGGCUGUAAAGCCUUCAUCCAGAGGGCACAGCCGCAGUCAGUCCAAAGAGACCUUUGACAGCCGGUCCAGGGAAGAUGUGCACAGCCAAUCCAGGGAAGAUGCGCACAGCCACUCCAGGGAAGAUGCGCACAGUCAAUCCAGGGAAGAUGCACGCAGCCGCUCCAGGGAAGAUGUGCACAGCCAAUCCAGGGAAGUCAGGCACAGCCAGUCCAGAGAAGAUUCUCACAGUCAAUCCAGGGAAGAUGCACACAGCCACUCCAGGGAAGAUGUGCACAGCCGAUCCAGGGAAGAUGUGCACAGUCAGUCUAGGGAAGAUGCACCCAGCCACUCCAGGGAAGAUGUGCACAGCCGAUCCAGGGAAGUCAGGCACAGCCAGUCCAGGGAAGAUGUGCACAGUCAGUCUAGGGAAGAUGCACCCAGCCGCUCAAGGGAAGAUACGCACAGCCAGUCCAGGGAAGAUGCAGAUAGCCAGUCCAGAGAACUCAGGGAUAGUCAGUCUAGAGAGGAUGACGACACUGCAUCUGCAGAAGACGUAAAGAGUGAAUCCACUGAAGACAGCAGGGACUCCUACGAGAAGACUUUGAAAAAAUCUGUAGAGAUAAGCGACAGAUCAGAUGAACCCAUUGUUAGCAGAUCUAAAGAGCAGGAGAGUGACUCUACUGAAGAAGUAGGAAAAGUGCCACCAAGGGGCAGUGAAUCCAGAGAGUUUAAGAGACAACACAGCAGAUCAGGUGAGAAGAGCACAUCUACAGAAGAGAGUGAAGAAUCAUCCGAGGACACAGAUGAAUCCAGCCAGGGUGACAGCAGGUUGUCUCAAAGUGCGUCGUCUGAGAGCAGCAAAGAUUCCCAAGACAGCGCCAGCAGUGAAGACAGUGAUUCGAAUGCUCUCCGGUCCGAAGAAUGGCAAGGCCAGCAGAGCAGAUCAACAGAAAGCAGUGAAUCCAAAGGCGAGGAGAACAGUCGUUCUAUAGAAGGGGAAUCCAGCCAAUCCAGAGAGGACACAAAGAGCAAUUCUGAAAGUACAGAAGACGACAGCUGGUCAAGGAGCAUGGAGCUAGAAAGCCGAAAGUUAAUGCUUGACAUUUAUCAUAAUAAGCCUUUUAGCGAUUACGAUGAUAACGAUUGCCAGGAUGGGUAUUAA